AUGCCUGACGCUCUGAUCAUGAUCCUCCCAAAGCUCAUCAUCCUGAGCUUUAUCAUGGCUUUCGGGGCCUGCAUCGGAUCACUCGUCAAUGUGCUCGUCUACCGACUCCCGCUCGGCUUGGAUGUCAUUCGUCCGACCUCUCGUUGUCCCAAAUGCAACACCAAACUCACAUGGCGUGAGAACAUCCCAAUCUUCGGCUGGAUCCUGCUUGGCGGGAAGUGCCGAUUCUGCAAAGCCAAAAUCUCACCCGAGUAUCCCAUCGUCGAGACCAUCGUCGCGUUGAUGUUCGGAUUACUCUACACCCUCUGGUACCUUGUCGAGCCGGGAUCGACCUUCCUCGGAUUGCCAGUCGGAUCCAUCGCACCAGAUUGGGCAGUCAAUGGUCCAGCAAUGACCUGGCCUACCCUCGUCACCCUCUUCAUCCUCAUGGGAUCCCUCGUCGCGAUGACCAUCAUCGAUGCGCGCACAUACACGAUCCCGCUUGUUCUCACAUGGGUCCCCGCCGUCGUCGCGAUCCUCUUUCACACUGGACACGCGCUUUGGUUCCAACUCGCACAUGGUCAACUCACUCAAGUCAUCCCUGGAUACUGGAACUUUACCGAAUCCAACAGCCGAUGGAUGACCGCUGAAGGCGCUCUCUGGUCCAUUCCAACAGGAGGACUCGGUGGAUGGCGUUUCAUCGGGAUCAUGCUCGGUGCGACCUUCGGCCUCUUCAUUUCCAAUCUACUUCUCAAAUACAGAGUGCUCACCCGCUCCUUCGCCGACUACGACCAAUGGCUUGAGAAACACAACAAGUCGCUCGCUGAAUCCAUGGAAGAGCCGGACACGGAGCCCGACCACUCCGCUGCUCAAGAAUGGAUCAUGUAUCCUUAUGCCCGCCGCGAGAUGAUCCGCGAACUCGCAUUCCUCGCCCCUGUCGCGCUGUUUGGCUUCUUCGGAGGUUGGCUCAGUGUAACCUUGGUAAACCGUAUCGCUGGAGAAUGGAUCUACAACCCCUCAACGGGCGAGAUGCUCCCUCCAACUCAAGCACCACUCUGGUUAGUGGUCCUCGCCGGGACGCUCGCCGGAUAUCUCAUCGGUGGGGGAGUCGUCUGGGCCGUCCGCAUCCUUGGAUCGCUCCUCUUCAACAAAGAAGCGAUGGGACUCGGAGAUGUCCACAUGAUGGCCGCCGUCGGCGCCUGCAUGGGAUGGAUCGACUCAACGAUCGCGUUCUUCCUCGCCGCCUUCGUCGCACUGGGAAUCGCGGCACUCGGAGCGAUUGGGAAAGGAAAGCUCUCUCGUGCCAUGCCAUACGGCUGUAAAACAGUGUCACAGCGGGACUACGACGCAGCGAUCGAAGAGAACACCACCCUUCGCGAACGCAUCGCUGCACUCCAAUCCUCGGCUGAGCAAGCAGGCAAUGCAAACCAAUCUUACAUCGAUCAGAACAACCAACUCCGCAGCGAGAACCAACGUCUCGCGGACCAACUCGCCGCUGCUCAAGCGAAUCCAGCGACUGGAUUCGAGAACAUCGACGGCGUCGAUGUCGGACGCCGUUCAGGUGGUGAAAUCGUCGUCGGAGUCGAAGCAGAUGUCCUGUUCAACUCGGGAUCGGCUGAUCUCCGCAAGGACGCCAAAGCGACGCUCGAUCGCGUUGCCGGCGUACUAAAAUCCACCUACGCGAACAAUAAUGUCCGCAUCGAGGGAUACACCGAUACCGAUAAACUCGUGAAAACCAAAGCGAAAUGGCACACCAACGAGAAUCUCUCCGCGGCACGCGCACUCGCGGUCGAGUACUACCUCGUCGGUAAGGGUGUCGAUAACGACAUGGUCUACUCAGCCGCCUUUGGACCCUCCAAUCCCAAAGCGACCAAGAAAGACUCCCGGCGCGUAGAAAUCGUCAUUCUCGGACUCUACCACAGACUCUCAAUCGACUACGCGAACAACCAAACGCUGGUAUCUACAGAUCUUGGCGAUACAUAUCAGACCUCGCUACCAGACUCAUGGGGCGCGCCUGCAGUGCCAUUUGAAUCCAAAUCCCGUUUCGAUCCUCAACUGGGUCAACUAACCCUCUUUGAACCGCUUCAUGUCGGGAAAGACGGAUCUGCAGUACUCAUCGCUGAGUCCAUGCCGAUUGCUAAUUCACAACUGCUUUGGCGCUUCGAACUCGCUGCAGCGCUCACCGCACUCAGCGGGCUAGUUCUCGCGAUGCUCGCUUGGCUGCAACGCCGUCAGCGUCCGGCGCCAGUCAAUGCGAUCCGCAAUGCACUCACACGAUACGCCGAAGGUCAAACCUCGACCCCGGAUCUGCUCGUCGCAUCCAGUCUCGGACAAGAAGCAAGCGCGUUCAAUGAUCUGCUCCAGGAGCGCGACGAGCUCAGUUCAAAGCUCACUAUGCUCGAAUGCGAAAGCACAAUCGCUACUGUUUCAGCAGACUCCUUCGGUCUAUCAAGUGUCUGCUCCUCGCUUACACAGGGGAUGGUCGUACUGGAUUCAAACCUGAACAUCCAGUUCAUCAACGGCUCCGCAGCCGCAUAUCUUGGAGUGGAUGUCGCAACCAGCAAUGGGAAGUCCAUCAGCCAGAUUGAUCCGAAUAACUUGCUUGUACCAACAGCUACUCGCGCACUGAACCCCGACAGCCCGCGUCGUCUCAUGGCGGAGAUCCAGCUUGAGCAAUCAGCAACGACGCUCCGUGCUACAUUUGCACGAAUCCCAAGAGAAGACGAUGUUUUGUGCUUGAUCUAUAUCGAGGAUAUCACUCAGCAGCGUCACGCCGAUGAAGCACUCAAUAGUUUCAUCGCUCAAGCGACGCAUGAGCUCCGUACGCCGCUGACCAACAUCCGCCUAUACGCGGAGGAAGCAAUUGACGCCGGAACAGAAGAUGAAGAGUUCCGUUCCAACGCGUUCAACAUGAUCAACUCAGAAUCACGCCGUUUGGAGCGUCUCGUCUCAGACAUGCUGUGCGUGUCAGAGCUGGAAGCCGGAUCUAUGAAGAUCCGCAAAGACACUGUGCGUCCUGGAGCGAUGUUCGAGGAACUGCAGCGUGAUUACGCUCCGCAAGCCGAAUCCAAAGGGAUCAACCUGAUCUUUGAUCUUCCGCCGAAGUUCCCGAGCUUGGAAGCAGACCGAGAUCGUCUCGGACAAGCCAUCCAUAACCUCAUUGGUAACGCUCUGAAGUACACAUCAUCAGGCGGGACCGUCACAGUCAAGGUUGAGUUUGAUCCUUCCGACGCGAUGACCGUUCGUGUGUCAGAUACGGGAAUCGGGAUCUCGCUCGAAGAUCAGUCCCGGAUUUUCGAGCGAUUCUGCCGUGCCCAAGAUCAGCGGAUUGAAUCCAUCUCUGGAACAGGUCUUGAAGCUUUGGUUGACAUCGCAGAGGAACUCAACGCGUUUGGGCAAGCUCUCAAGAUCUGUGAAGUCGGUGCAAGAUGCUGUGAGGAGUUACCGCUGAUGCCAAGCGAUCCUCAACAACCUACCGCUACCCGCUUAGCAAUCGAUCCAGAUCGGGACCAAGUGAUCGAACAGUCAGCGUCACGCCCUCGUCUCGUGGGUGAAGUGUUGAUCAGUGAGGGGCAUCUCACGGAGGAUCAACUCGAGCAAGCGCUCACCGAGCAGCGCACGAGUGGCAAAAAACUAGGUGAGAUUCUCAUCAACUCUGGUACUGUAUCCGAGUCGGUGCUGCUUCACUCGCUCGCACGCUGUCUAGGUGUCAAAGGCGUGAGGCUCCGUCACGGCUUGAUCGAUCCUCAGCUCAUCUCGCUCAUCAAUCCGGAAGAAUGUGAACGACUCAAGGUCCUCCCGAUGUUUCGUGUCCGUGGGAAGCUCACUGUCGCUAUGGCUGAGCCGCAAGAUCUCCCUCUUGUCGACCAGCUCGCUGCGAAGACCGGCUACCAAAUCAUCCCUGUCCUCGCUUUUGAGAACAACAUCCUCGAAUAUGUCCGCAAAUACUCAGCAGGUGAUGUGGACAUCAAUGAGUUCCUCACGACACUCUCGGAGACCGAUGUCGAGGUCGUCGAGCGUGAAUCAAUUGAUGAAGAUCCAACCACAGACCUCUCGCAGAUGGUCGAGGGAUCACCCAUCGUCAAUCUCGUGAAUGUCGCGAUGCUGACCGCUGUGAAAGACGGUGCUUCGGACAUCCAUAUUGAGCCCGACAAAGGCGGGACACGCAUCAGAUACCGUAUCGAUGGAUCACUUCGUGAACUCAUGCAUUCACCUCCAGGUAUGCAUGCCGCGAUCGUCUCCCGUGUCAAGAUCAUCGGAAAGAUGGACAUCUCCGAAAAACGUCUUCCCCAAGAGGGUCGCGUCCGAAUCGUCGCUGAAGGCCGGGAGAUCGAUCUCCGUGUGUCUUCGAUCCCGACCUUGUUGGGAGAAAAGCUUGUUAUCCGCGUGCUGGAUAAGGAGAAUCUCAAUGUUCGAAUGGAAGAACUCGGAUUCCGUCCCGAACUGCUCGAACGAUUCAAGAAGACUCUGAAACUCCCGCACGGCAUGCUCCUCGUCACCGGUCCGACAGGAUCAGGGAAAACCACAACGCUCUACUCAGCGCUCGAUCUACUCCGUUCGCCAGAAACGAACAUUGUGACCGUCGAAGAUCCAGUUGAAUACCAACUCGAUAUGGUGAACCAGGUCCAAGUCCAUGAGGGAAUCGGUCUCGACUUCGCUCGAACACUCCGAUCGAUCCUGCGUCAAGACCCUGAUGUCAUCAUGAUUGGUGAGAUUCGUGACCAAGAAACCGCACAUGUCGCAAUCCAAGCGUCCCUCACCGGACACUCCAUGCUCGCGACCCUCCACACCAACGAUGCGCCAGGGGCGAUCUCCCGUAUGACAGACAUGGGAGUAGAGCCGUAUCUCCUCUCCGCGGCACUCAACGGUGUCGUCGCUCAGCGUCUAGCGCGUACAAUCUGCCCAGGUUGCUCAACCAGCUACUACCCAAGCGAGCAAGUCCUCGAGGACGCGGGAUUGCCUCAUAUGGCAGGCAGGCCUUUCCGCAAGGGAGCCGGAUGUUCGACCUGCCACGAUACCGGAUGCAAAGGCCGUAUGGGUAUCUACGAGUUCAUGGAAGAGUGUCGCAUGAAGUUCACUUAUGAAGCCUACACCAAAGCCGGCGCUCCUAAAUCUGGGACCAUAGAAGCAGCUGAUCAGCGUGAAGCAGAGGAAAAACUGCGGAAGAAAGAUCUUCUCAUCACUCAGAUCAGCUCAGUUGAGAGCGGGAGUACAAAGUCCAAAGCGACAGUUUCAGGAUCUAAGAAAAAAUCAAAGAUUCCUGUAAAAGUCGUGUCCGAGUUCGCACGCGAACUCUCCAUCCUCGUUUCAACAGGGACCCCUCUCGUUGACGCGAUCGAAUCGCUCGAAGAGCAGUCCAGUUCCGAUAUUUGGAAAACAAUCCUAGUCAAUCUCCGAGCACGGCUCGAAGAAGGGGAUUCCUUAUCCGCCGCGAUGCAGGCGCAGCAUGAAGUCUUCGGUCCUGUAUUCUGCUCACUCGCAGCAGCGGGGGAGACAGGGGGCAAUCUUGAUGUCAUGCUCAACAGGGUCAGCAAGCUCCUGCGACAGGAAGCCAAAAUCCGUGCCAAUAUCGCCGGCGCCAUGAUGUACCCGCUGCUCCUCACAGGCUUGUCGGUCGUCGUGCUUGGAGUCAUGCUCUGUGUUGUGCUCCCAAGAUUCGCGGGACUGUUCGAGUCCAUCGAUUCACCACUCCCGGCGACCACCAAGUUCCUGAUGUUCUUGUCAGAUCUCCUGCGCACCUAUUGGUGGGGCAUCAUCCCUUCAGCAGCACUUGUAAUGACUGGAUUCGUAUAUUGGUUGAAGAGCUCCGUAGGAAGAGCAUUCGUCGAAAACAGUGCCCUCAAAAUUCCAGUCCUAGGGAAGACCAUCUGCUCGAUCCAAACCGCGAGGAUCUUCCGUGUGCUCGGACUACUUAUCGAAUCCAAAGUACCAAUCCUUGAGUCUAUUGAACUCACCCGCCGUUCUGUAAGCAACACGCUCUACCGAGACCUUCUGACCAAAGCGGAAGAAGCAGUGACCAUCGGUGAGUCGGUGUCUCUUGCACUUGCUAGUGAUGACCUCAUCGUCCCCAGCGCUGUUGAAGCCGUGAAAAACGCAGAGCAAUCUGGUCGAAUGGGUCCUGUCAUGAUUCAACUCGCCGAUUACCUUGAUGAAGAAAACGAGACAGUGAUCAAAUCGAUCUCAUCACUCAUCGAGCCCCUCAUCAUGAUCGGUUUGGGUCUGAUGGUCGGAUUCAUCGCUGUGAGUAUGUUCCUGCCCCUCUUUGAUCUCACCGCUAGCGCAGGAGCACAGUAA